AAAAAGAGGAAAAACGGAAGAUAACAGUCGUCCGACUGUUUUCUUAUUUGUUUUUUCCUGCACGUUUGGAGCUUAUUUACGCAUUUUUGCAUAGUUCUCUAAAACUCGCAUCAGCAUGCCGGUGAUUUGUGCGGCACCGGGGUGCAACAACAAGUUUGUUAAGGGGUCGGAGAUAAGGUUUUACAGAUUCCCUCUUAGCAAACCUCAACUGGCCACCAAAUGGGUCCAGAGCCUAGGGAUGAAAAACUUUAUCCCAACCGCCAACACCUGCCUCUGUUCUGAGCACUUCAGGACCGACUGCUUCAGGGAUUACAAUGGAAAGCAGUUCCUGAGGGAGGACGCAGUGCCCACCAUAUUCACCCCAGGACAGGAGACAUCAAAGAUUGAACUCCGUAGAAGAGGAGUGAUACCCAAGGAAACCAACGUAAGCAAUCAGAUGGGGACGCAGGCAGAGAGAGAAAGAGCGAGAGAGGCAGCUAUGCGCAGAGACAAGAGAGGAGGCAUGAGGGGAGGACGAGGAGGCCGUGGAGGAAAACAGCUGUCCGACAGGCAGAGCAUCGCAGCCAAAAGCAGAGUGUACGACAGCAAGGGCCGGCUGCUCUCCAACGGCAAAGACAUGUGCGACUGCCUGGAUGUGGAUUGUAUGGGCUGCUUCUAUCCCUGCCCUGAGUGCGGGUCAAGAAAGUGCGGGGUGGAGUGCCGCUGCGACCGGAAGUGGCUCUACGAGCAGGUGGAGGUGGAAGGUGGAGAAAUCAUCCGGAACAAAUUUGCAACCUAACAACUAUAGCUGCCUUGUUAAUUUUUUUUCUUUUCUUAUUUUUCAUUCAGAAAAAGAAAAUCUGUAAUCAGCAGCUUCAUUUUUCUGAUGAUUCAGCUUGUUGCAACAUUUUACAGUGCGAUGCUUUGUAUAAAGUAGGUUAUUUAAAGGCUCCUUUUCAACAUGCCAACAUGUAAUAAUAAAAAUUUUUCUUUUUA